AAGAAUGAGAUGAUUUUGGUGUAUGAAUAUAUGGUAAAUGGGAAUCUACAGAAUCAUCUCUUUGGGAAUUUUCUCCGACCAUUGACAUGGAAGGAGAGAUUAAAGAUUUGUAUAGAUACUGCAAGUGGGAUCGACUACCUUCACACAUGGGGAGAGAGUGGUAUAAUCCAUGGGGAUGUUAAGACAGCCAACAUACUAUUGGAUGAGAACUGUGUAGCAAAGAUGUCUGAUUUUGGGUUGUCAAGAACAGGUUCUGCAUUUGAUGAUGCCCAUAUAACUAGUACUAUAAAGGGAACCUGCGGAUAUAUGGCUCCAGAAUACAUGGUAGGAGGGCAAUUGACCAGAAAAACUGAUGUCUAUGCUUUUGGUGUAGUACUAUUUGAGAUUGUUCGAGGUCGACCGCUUAUAGAUCGAUUAGAUGGUGUAGUCUUCGACCCUAUAGGAUGGGCACCCCGACAGAGAUUGCUUGAAACCAUUGUAGACCAACGGCUUGAAGGGAAUUACUCUCCAAAAUCAUUGAAGAAAUUUGGGAAGAUUUUAAAGAAAUGCGUUGCCAAGGAGGGUAAGAAUCGACCCACAAUGGGGGAAGUGUUGCGGGAUUUAGAGUAUGUCUUGCAACUUCAUGAAGCUUGGUUAAUAAGCACUACUAUUACUACUGAUGCUGCUGAGGAAGAUUCCACCAUCUCCUCAUCGGAUGAUACAGUUGGGUACAAUGAUUCAAGGAUCAGAACUGAAUUGGCCUCUGAUUUUACUAGUCGGGUACAGUUCUCCUCUGCUACAGUUGAGUGUGAUGACUUCUCUGAUCUGGUAAACCCUCAAGGUCGGUAAGAAUGAGAGACAAUUUGGAGUUUCUUACCAUGUAGAGAAGAUCUCCCUUUUUCGUGAUCGUUGUUCAGUUGAACAGAUUGGGUUUGUUGAAUGUUUCAAAAGAAACAUCCGAUAUAUCUAUUCUCUAAUCAAUAACAGAAUCUCUGUUCUAUCUUUUGCUCAAUAAUGCCACUUAGUAGUCUU